UACCAACAAUCAUGCCGUUCGCGACAUCAUCGGCGACAUCCUCUUGGCGACCCGUCAUCGAGGAGGGUGCGCGGAGCCCCAAACGGCCGUUGUCUACAAGCAGUAUUUCCCUGCACCCUGCCUGCCUCGAAGAAAGCGCGGACUCGACACCACCCACAGACACUUGAGGGCAACGGGACCACCUGGUCUACAGCUAUCAGUGAUGCGCAUCCUUCCGAACCCGAACCAUUCAGCAGAAGACCCCGUUCCAUCCUCACCGUCCACCAUUCCCAUCAUGCCUAAACCUACUCGAGCUAUGAUUCCAUCCAGGCACCAAUAUUCAUCCUCACCGUUGCGAUCAAUACCUGAGAAUACUCCAUCCACAGUAUUCGAAGGCGAAGCAAGAACUUCGCCAACCGCACAGGAAGAGGAUAUCUCACAGACAAUCGCCCUGCAAAUGAAAUCGACUAUGGUUGUUGUCACACCACCAUCGUCGCGGUCUACGGCUUCUCACGACAGUACGAUGGAGUCUUCGUCGAGCACGGGAGUCACGACGCCUAUGGUGAUGGACAAGCGCGACUUCUUUCGCGAUCUCCCGUCAAAUGUGGCUGAUAGAAUGCUCGAGUUCGUCUUCGUUCGGGAUGCAUCUACCAUUAUCAGGCCUUUCUACCGAAAAGGUAUGCUGGCGGGCAGCAUUAGAACCGGCAACGAUAUUCAGUCACAAGAAACGGGUGAUGAGGUACUAUUGGACAAUGUCGACCUCAGUCUGACGCGUGUCAGCAAGCAGUUCCGCGAUGGAGGCAGCCGUUAUUUCUACGGGAAGCACACCUUCCAUUUUCAAGACCCGGCUGCAUGCAAAUGGUGGUUCAAGACGGUCGGCAAUCAGAAUGUCUCGAAUGUCCGAAGUUUGUCCCUUAGAAUGGGAUCUGGCUUCACAGUCCCUCCUAACAUUCGUUGCACGCUGGACUUAACCCUGGAAGAGCGAUGGCAUCAAUUCUUUUGUUGGAUUAAGAACAGACAAAACCUCACAAACCUACGCAUCGAGUUCUAUUACUGGUCCACGAUCGAAGAGAGGCACCUUGAGAACGAAUGGAAGCAAGAAAUACAUACUGCUAGAACAAAAUUGCUUGCAAAGAUGAGGUGCCUACGUGGCAUUGAAGAGGUGGAAGUCUUUGACCAUACUGGUCACUACAUGACCACCCAUGGCUGCCGCCUCCUGGAGCUGCAGCUGAUGCAAGGAAAGGAUGAAGAUGUCCGCCCAGACCAACGCAACAAACCACUGUCGCAAGUCAUGGAAGAAUUGAGAGAGUCCAGAGCGAGAGCAGAGGUGAUGCAGCAGAUAAAAGCUACUGCUGACCAAGCCAGGAUGCAGGAGCGCAAGCGCCCAAGGCAGUGGGACAGGAACGAGAGACAAGCCCUGGGAGUAUCGAACACACAGACCAUUACCCGACAGAACAGUCUGAUUCGGACUCCGGACACUGCCCAAGCCAUUUAUCGUCCUCCAACCUGGUACUCGCGCGUACCUGCACGUGCAACUGGUCAAUUUGACAAUUCCACCAGUGAACUAUUUCCUGGCCGCACACCUAGGUCGGGAGGGCGCUCAACCUAUUCGAAGAAGAACAAUAACAACAGAUCCGGGUGGCGGCAUGGUUUUGAUCUCGAUUUAUGACGUCUCUUUUUUAGCUGUGUCGAAAGAGGGGGCUUCGAUGAGUCAAGGGAUAUCGACUCAUCUCCACGUUCGGAGGGCAUCGCAAAGCCGCCGUGUGCUCAAUGUCAGUGUGUUGGUAUGUGACUUUGGUUGGAGUUGAGGAGGGAGCCAGCAAAGAUCUCGAGUUUCUCGCCAAUAAACAGGUUGGUCAUAGGAAGGAUCAUGGGCGAUAAGAAUCUGAUAAGGGAGGUUGGGCAUCGUUUUGAUCAACUGAAAAGAGCUUUGGGGGACCACCCACCCAUGUGG